CUUUCCCACCCACAAAGACCUCGACUUCACCAAUAUACCACAACGAUGAAGGUCAAGACGCUUAGCCGGUCGAUAUCGGCGCAUCAGCCGGCCGGCUCAGAUGUUGCCAAACAGCCAAAGAAUAUGGACGCGGCUGUCCACCCAUUCGAGCGUGCGAGAGAAUACAAGCGAGCCUUGAACGCCGUCAAAAUGGAGCGCAUGUUCGCACAGCCUUUCAUCUGCCAGCUCGGCCAAGGCCACGUUGACGGAGUGUAUCAGCUCGCAAAGGACCCCAACUCCCUAAACAUGUUGGCAAGUGCUUCAGGUGAUGGUGUGGUGAAAGUGUGGGAUCUAGAGUCCCGCGAGCAGAGGUGGCAUGCGAGCGCACAUGCAAAUAUUGUCAGGGGCCUAGCCUGGACAAGAGACCAGAAGCUUUUGUCCUGCGGAACAGACCGCAAAAUCCAUCUGUUCGACCCCUCGACCGCGGACGAAUCUGCACCCCUCACAACUUUCGCCGGCACCAGCGCGUUUACCUCCCUGAGCCAUCACCGAUCCAAGAACGCCUUCGCCGCUUCAUCGGGGAGCAACAUUCAAGUCUACGAUCUCGAGCGGUUCUCGGCAGCCCCCGAAGAAUACAGCUGGCCGAAUGCCACCGACACCAUCAACGCGGUCAAGUUCAACCAGGUGGAGCAGUCGGUUCUGGCCUCUACGGCCUCGGAUAGAUCUGUCGUUAUAUGGGACGUGCGGUUAUCCACACCCGUCACCAAGACCGUCAUGACAUUCGCAUCGAACGGGCUGUCAUGGAACCCGAUGGAAGCCUUCAAUCUGGCUGUGGCUAACGAGGACCACAACUGCUAUAUCUUCGAUGUCCGCAAGUUCGACCGCGCCCUCAACGUUUUGAAGGGACACGUUGCUGCUGUCAUGGAUGUCGAGUUCUCGCCUACAGGUGAGGAGCUCGUAACGGCCUCAUACGACCGGACCAUCAGGAUUUUCCCACGUGAUCAGGGACACUCUCGAGAUAUCUACCAUACCAAGAGGAUGCAGCGCGUCUUUGUCACCAAGUGGACCCCGGACAGCAAGUAUCUCAUGUCAGGGUCGGACGACGGAAACAUCCGGCUCUGGCGAGCGAAUGCUUCCAAGAGAGAGGGUGUCAAGUCUUCGAGGCAACGGCAGGCUGAGGAGUAUAAUUCGAAGCUGGUGGAUCGCUUCGCCCAUAUGCCCGAGAUUCGGCGUAUCAAACGCCACAGGCACAUCCCCACGGUCGUGAAGAAGGCUGGACAGAUCAAGGGCGAGGAACUGAAGUCGAUCAAGAGGCGUGAGGAGAACGAGAGAAAGCAUACCAAGAAGCAAUUUGAAAAACGCCGGAGUGAGCGUGAGAAGAUGAUAUUGGCUCGCGAAAAAUAAGAAGGAAAUAUCUGGAAGAUCGAGGUCGUCUUUCCUUUUGUACUCGAAGGUUCAUUCGAUGAUGCAUUGCAAGGCGUUUGGGUAAGGUGGAAAAAAGAACUUCAUGAUACCUGGCAGAUGCUCUGAUGAGGAUGACUGCUCAGUUCAAUCUUAUUUCAAAAAGAAGAUGAAAUAAAACCAUCCAAUCAUACGAAAGCGUUCCAACCAG